AUCUGAUCAUCGCCCAUCAGUGCAAACUGCAGCUCACCCUAGAUAGGAGCUACACAAACUACGGGCAGAGUUAAGUGAUAACAACAUGUUCGAGAUUAGCUUGAUUACGGUUGGGAUCGGUUUGGUGCUGACCGCUCUCGUACAUCGUUUCGUGACACGGAAUUAUUUCUACUUUGCGGAUAAACCGAUCCCAUUUCUAAGGCCCACGUUUGGCGUUGGUAACUUCGGACCGCUGCUGAUGCGGAAGAGAGACAUCUUGGAGCAUCUUAAAGCUCUCUAUAGAAGUUUUCCCGAUGCAAAAAUCUUUGGCUUCUUCAACAUGACCGAGCCCAUCUUCAUGGUACGAGACCCGGAGAUGGUGAAGCAAAUCACGGUCAAGGACUUCGAUCACUUUGUGGAUCACACGUUGAACGCCGCCGGUGGUACGGAUCAGGACACGACAGGUUCGCAGUCGCUCUUCACAGACAGUCUAGUGGUGCUACGGGGGAACAAGUGGCGCGAUAUGCGAGCCACGCUGAGCCCUGCCUUCACUGGGAGCAAAAUGCGUCAGAUGUUCGCGCUAAUUACCGAUUGUGGCCAAAGCGUGGUCGAGUACUACCGGGAGUCGGCGGCGGGUGCGCAAUCCGGACGGGUGGUGGUCGAGCUGAAGGAUGUGUUUUCCCGUUUCGCGAACGAUGUCAUUGCGAGUGCCGCCUUCGGCAUUAGCGUGGAUUCAUUCCGUGAGAGGGACAACGAGUUUUACCUGCUGGGGCAAUCGAUGACCCAACAGAUGGGUGUUGUGCAGGCUCUGAAAUUGGCUGGUUUCAUGUUGUUUCCCAAGCUGAUGGUCCGUUUCGGUGUGGAUUUCUUAAGUGCGGAUCAGGAUAAGUUUUUCCGGGGGUUGAUCACGGAAACCAUGCGGACGAGGGAGGCGAAAAGCAUAUUCCGCCCGGAUAUGAUUGAGCUCUUGAUGCAGGCGAAGAAGGGCAAUUUGAAGCGGCAAUCGGCAGAAGAUCAAACGAAGCCGGAGGUUGAAGGAUUCGCAGUGGUUGAGGAAUCGCAGGUGGGCAAGCGGAGUCACAACCGGACUUGGACCGAGAACGAGUUGAUUGCACAGGCUUUCAUAUUUUUCUUCGCCGGAUUCGAGUCGAUUUCGAUAACGUUAUGCUUUAUAGCGUAUGAGCUGACGAGGGAUGCUACCGUCCAGGAACGGUUAUAUCGGGAAAUACGCGAUACCAACAGAGCACUAGAUGGGCGCUCUUUAAGCUAUGAAGUUCUACAGGGUAUGAAGUACCUGGAUAUGGUGGUGUCCGAAGCGAUGCGAAUCUGGCCAAUUGGGCAAGUAGUAGAGAGGUUGUGUGUCAAGGAUUAUAUUUACGACGACCAUCAGGGAUGUCGGUUCACGAUCGAGAAGGGUCGAAGCGUGUUUGCAAGUAUAGUUGGAUUUCAUCAUGAUCCUAAAUACUUCCCGGAGCCGGAGGAGUUCGACCCGGAACGAUUCAGCGAGGCUAAUAAACACAAUAUUAAUUUGGGUGCAUACCUCCCCUUUGGAAUAGGACCGAGAAAUUGUAUUGGUUCACGUUUCGCUCUGAUGGAAGUAAAGGCAGUCAUGUAUUACUUAUUGCUUAACUUUAGCUUCGAUGUGCACCAGAAAACACAGAUUCCAUUGAGGCUCAAGAAAUCGUUGAUGCGAGUUAUGCCGGAGAAGGGCUUUUGGAUCGAACUCACGCCGAGACCAGACAUCAAUAAGGCGAACCUGGGAAAGUAGUUUUGAAACUUGGAACUCAUUAGGAUAUGAUAGAAUCCUAUCAUUGGAAAAAAAACUCUAUUUUGUAGAAAUCUGUCAAUUAUUUCCUUAUUCUACGAUUUAUGAUUGAAAAUGAAUGUACAGAUCAAGUAGUAACUUGACUCCACGCAGAAGGAUUAUUGAAGAUGAAGAUGAAGCACAAUUACAGAUUGGAGAGAUUAAUGCCAAA